ACCAAGGGCAAAGGGAUGGAUGAGGAACCAAGGUGCCAUGCAGCCCCGGCUGCUCCUUGUGGCUGCCUUCCUGGCGCUCCUGGUCUUGCCUGAAGCUACCAAGGCCGAGGAGGGAUCCCUUCUGGACAAAAUGAAGGGCUAUGUGAAGGAGGCCACCACAACUGCCAAGGAUGUGGUUCAGAAGACCAGAGACUGGAUGACUGAGAGCUUCAGCUCCCUGAAAGACUACUGGAGCUCGUUCAAAAGCAAGUUCCAGUGACUUCUGGGAAUCUGCCUCCAGCCCCACACAGUCUCCACCCUGAGGCCGUCUGAGAUCUCAGUACCCCAAGUCCACCUGUCUAUCCAUCCUACUAGCUCCUUGGGUCCAGCAGCCUCCCAGGGCUGCCCCCAAAGUUCACUUACAAGAGCAGCAUUCUCAGUGCCCUCCCACCCCACCCCAGACCUGGCCCACCCUAAUGUGCUGGCCUGCCAAUAAAGCUGGAUGAGAAACUGC